AGGUCUCUAUUACAACAGGGUCACCCUUAGCCUCAUUCCUGUUUAAAGGCUUGGCCACCAAGCCCACAUCUGUAAAAGGGACUACUUGUAGCGGAGGAAAGUUUAAUUUUAAUUUAAUUUUAAUUUAACAUAAUUUUUAUAGCGCUAACUCCACUAAUUGACCAAAGCCUAUAUCAAACUGUGUUAAGUCAGGUGCUAUUUAUUCUGUGAUCAUUAAACCUCGUCAAAGAUCUAGACAAAAAGUGCUAUAGAAAGAUUGUGUACUAAGCUUACAUGAAUUAGAAAUCAAUUAUCAAAAGCGCAAAUAGGUUGCAUUUUCCUCUACAAUUCCUUUUGUUGCUAAUUCCACAAGUGGGAUAAUAAGUUGGGGCAUCUUUCCCCUUUUGACAAGAACCUAUUCAAGCAGUGUUUGAUGCUUACCUGUUGCUAUGGAAUGAAUUUUAUAUAUUAUAUUUGCUCUAAUUAUCAGAAUCUAUAAAGCCUACAAAUUGCACAUUUAAUCAGUUAAAGUGGUUCAGCCUAGCGCUCGGGCUCGAGCGCGCCCGCAACGAAUGGGUGAGCGCAGAUGGCAUGCGUAGUGAAAGAUGCCUUAUUCGCGUUCCCAGAGGGUAAAGAAGGCUGUGAAUGACGUAGUCCAUAAAGAUGUGCUAUCGUUAGCAGCUUCCUAAUUUAAGUGACAAGAUUAAAGGACUCUACAGCGCCGAUUGACUAUGAACUCAUAGAAUGACUCAAAACGAGGAUUGCUGCUUUGUUUCUUUGGAUCCUCUUUACCCACUGACUGAGUCUGACAUACAUGAUCGACAGCUCCCCGAGGGGAUUGGAAUGAGAUGGAAAAACCUGGCUCGGAAACUGGGCUUGAGAGAAUCAUUCAUUGAAGUAAUUUAUAAUGAAAAUGACAGUUGCAACGACCGUUGCAUCAAACUUUUAGUGCGAUGGAUGGAAAAGGAAGGUCAUCAGGGAGCCACUGCUGGAAAACUAGCAACAGCAUUAAAAGCCAUCGGACUUCAAUCACUGGCUGACAGAUUAAUUGGUCCAAGCGGAAGAAGAACGAUAUUGAUCGAGAUUCAAGGGACGUUCAUCCUUAAAGAUGAAAACAAGACUGAGAUCAUCUUGGGGGUCGACAGUACUGAGAAGAGAUCAUUUUUUAUUUGGAAGAGUCCUGAUAAGGAAUUUAAAACAUCUGUCGAGGAACUGAAGAGCUACAUUGAUGCAACCUGCAAAAUCACCGCGCAGACGCCUGAAGUUGUUGAGAAAAUUUUCGGAACAUCACAUGAGAGCAAAACUCGUAAAGGUUCACUCACCAAAGAACAGAUUUCCACUCAGACGCCUGAACGUAUGGAAGAAAUCAUUGGAAGAUCAAUCGAAAAUAAAAGCCAGAAAGAAAUCUCUACCCAAACGCCCGAUACCUUGGAAGAAAUUAACGAAACAUCAGCUGAGAAAUGGCAGGAGGGUUCAUCAAUCAAAGUGCACACUUCGGCUCAGACCACUAAAGCUGAAGAAGAAUUCAGAACAUCCAAUGGAGAGAAACUGGAAGAAUCACCAACCACAGAGCAGAUUUCCAUGCAGACACCGGAAGUUAGGGAAGAAAACAUCGGAAGAUUAACCGAAGGCAAAGGCUUGAAAGAGAUUUCCACCCAGAGGCUUGAUACUCCAGAAGAAAUUAUUGGAAAAUCAGCUCAGAAAUGGAGGGAAGAUCCACCUAUCAAAGCGCAGAUUCUGCCACAGAAGUCUGAAGUUGGAGAAGAAUACAGAACAUAUUCUGAAACGAAAGUGGAAGAUUCAUCCGACACAGUGCCAAUUUCCUCUCCGACCUCCGAAGGUGAAGUUGAAACUAUCGGAAAAUCAGCUGGAUUUAAAAGGAAAAAUUCAUCCCACAAGGAACCUAUUUUCUCCCAGACUUCUGAGAUGGAAAAAGAAAUUAUUGGAACAUCAGUUGAAAAGAAACGCCCAGAGGAUUCAUUGCUAACAGUUCAAAUUUGCACCCGUACGUCUAAAGUUGUUGAAGAAACUAUCAAAACACCAGCUGAAGAGAUGGAAGAGAUUUCCACUCAGGCGUCUGAAGUCGUGGAAGAAAACAGAGGAAAAGUUGAAGAGAAAGUGGAAAAUUCAUUAUCGAAAGUGCCAAAGAUGUCCGAGAAGCUCAGGGAUCUGCAGGAAAAGCUAUCAGUUGUAGAAAAAAAUCUAAAGAUACCCGAGCUAAGAGAAGAAACUUUCAAUGUUACGAAAAAGUUGGAUUUGAUCUCCAGACAUAACACGACCCUUCAGGAGCUGUACACACGAGUGACAGGCAUGAUGAGGGAAGCUUGCAAGUGCGAUGAGUCCCUGAAAGCGAAGUUUCACGAAUUUACGUACCGUACCUUACGAACUGUGCAUAAUAAUUUAAAAACAAGUGUUGCAGAUCUACAGUUGGAACAAGGGAAUAUGACAGCAGUAGAGAAAAAAAAACUGGACAUACUGAUUGUAUCCAGAAAAUGCAGAGAGAAGCAGAUAAUAUACCUGGACAAAAUGUUAAAGCGCCUUUUCUUUUCGGCAGAUGAACUGAAGAAAUCUCAAUCAUCACCAUGUGGGAAAGAAAAUAAGAAAAUCUCCGGUGAUUCCAAGAACCGAUCAAGGAAGCGCAAACCACAAAACAGAGCAGUUUGUGUCCUUUCAUCCUAAUGGAGGGCUGACAUUACACGAAAAGAGUAAAGGAGUAAAUGGGGAGUUUGAAAUGACCUAGGCAGUGAAAAGAGGCUGAGGAACAGCCAACUAAACUGUUAGUGGUCAUUCGACUAUUUAUUAACUUAACAGUAGUUUGGUUUGAUGGGUAAACAGUAUAUAAUUGUUACCAAAAUGUCUUCAGUUAGUUGAAGUGCCACCUCCGAUUCUUAGUCACCGUUUGUAAACUUUUACUACGAUUCAACUAAGUGAAAGUCACUGAUAAUAAGACCUGCGUAUUUGACAUGUGAGGAUUGUCCAACAGGUCUAACUAGGAGUUUGGAAUAAAUUUAAUGUGGGAUGUUCCGUCGAGACUGAGAUUCCAAAUAAGUUUUAUCAAUGAUAAGCAACAUACCUGAGUGAGGUUGUCAUUUCGAUUUGAUACAAGAGAAAAGAAAGUUUUGCUUUGGGUCUGACCCACUGAGACAAAUUGCUUUCUAGUAUUAAAACAAGAGGUGAAUGAAUCAUUUGCGAAACCCCUAGAACGUAGAUUAGUAAAAUCAAAAUAAAUGGGAUUUAGCAGUGGACAUUCCACGUAGUGGCUCUCCUUGUCCACUGUUACCAGGUCGAAUUGGAAUUUAGAAUGUUUGUUUUUUAAGAAAGAAGGAAAACCGGAUGACCCUCAGAAAAACCCUCAGAGCAAGGACGAGAAUUAACAACAAACUAAACCCACAUGUGAUACCAGGUCUGAAAAUCCAACCCGAGCCAUCGUGGAGGGAAUUAAGAAGCGAGCGCUAUCACGACCGCGCCAUCCCUACUCCUCUAAACCCUGUAUGAAACUAAGAGUGAUGUUCAACAAUGUGAUGGUGAGAAAACAUCACGAAUUUUUCGUGUUGAAAAUAGCUGUUUGGACUGUAUAUAUCAUAGGGAUAUAUUUCGUUACGAUAUUAAAAGGUUUUUGGUAAAAAAUGUGCCAUUUAUCUAGAUGAUUUUAGUUUGGUGUGUUGACUUGGGUGAUUAUUGCAGACAAAGCAAUUUUAAUUCAAAGAUAUCGAAAGUACCGUGGCUUAGUGAUAUGCAUGAAGAGUGAGACAUGGCGGUGCAGAAGAGACCAUUUGAUUUCUUAUCGAUGUAGAUAGCAUACUCGGCAAAAAAAAUAUCCCCAUCAUGUACAUAGCGGUGGAAAAAAAAUUGCUUAUUAUCACUUUAAAUACGUUAGUGUCAGUAUCUGACCAACUGUGCACCUACGCCUCUCUUAACUCGACAACGGUCAACUUAUAAUACAUCAUGAUUAGUCUUGGUUAGGGGAGGAGUAGUUAAACAGUUUCCCAGAUACUGACGUUGAUCCGAUGAGCAUCAUAUCUGAGCAAUUGCGCUCCUACCCCUCCCUUAACUCAACAACGGUCAACUCGCAAUACGUUAGGGUUAGCCUUGGCUAGGGGAGGGGUUGGUAAACAAUUGCUCAGGUACUAACGUUGAUCCGAUGAGUUUAUCACGUGUAAAGUUAGGUCGUGUGAUCAGACAAUAAAAAUUACAGAAUGAG